UAGAGGUGAAAGAUACACUAAAGCUAGUGAAAUAUAUAGUUUCGCAAUGGUCUUGUGGGAAAUUCAACAUCAUGAGUUACCUUAUAACAAACUUACUUCUGAGGAAAUUUCCGAAAAAAUUCUUAAAGGUGAAUAUCCUCCACAAAAACCUGUACACGGAACUCCUGUAGAAUUCCAAAAUAUUAUCGAAAGAGCAUGGGCUCAUGAUCCAGAAGAACGUUCCAACAUGGAGAAAUUGUAUAACAGACUUGACAUAUUAGAUUCCAGAAAUUUACUAAACCAAAAUGUUGAGUUGAUUAGUUAUAACAAAGAGGAAGAAUCUAUUGAUGACAAUUCAACAGAAGGUUUAGAGUCCCCAAAAAUUAUUGGAAAAAUACCAGACAUUGCAAGGGGAAUUAAAUACCAUCAAAAUAAGCAAUAUAAGAGGGCAUGGAAAAUAUUUGAGGAAUAUGAAAGUAAAUCGAAUGAUAUUGAUGGAAAAUAUUGGGUAGGAUAUUAUUAUCUUAAAGGGUGGCAUGAAGGUACAAAGGGCACACCAAAUUCAAGAGCUAGUGUGUCUUUUUUGAAGUUAGCAGCUGAAUCCGGACAUGCAGAUGCACAAUAUUAUUAUGCUUUAGCGAUAAUAAAUUAUGGUACGGCAGCAAAAGAACAUCGUGACAAAGAUAGAACUAAAAUUGCGCUUGAUUAUUUAAAAAGUUCAGCGAAACAAGACCAUCCCGAUGCUUUAAAAAUGCUUGGAGGGAUAAUUAAUAAAGGGCAAUAUCC